AUGUCAAUCGACAACUGUGUAUCAAUCAGUCUUUAUACAUUCUGUGAUGCAUCUAAAUUGUCUUUCGCAACAGUCAUUUUCUUAAGAAGCGAAAGUAAAGAUCAAGUGUCAGUGCAAUUAGUUCUUGCUAAAUCAAGAAUUGCACCAUUGAAAACGAUGUCAAUCCCUAGGCUGGAAUUAAUGGCAUGCACAAUAGGCGUACGUCUUACUGAUACAGUAAAAAAGGCUUUAAGUAUCCAAGACAUUGAAAAAUAUUAUUGGACGGACUCGACUUCAGUGUUGUAUUGGAUAACUCAUGACGAUACAUGGACUGUGUUUGUAAAAAAUCGAGUUAAGGAGAUAAGGAAAUUGUCUGACCAAACAAAGUGGCGACAUGUGCCAGGCUCAGAGAAUCCUUCGGACUUACCUUCAAGAGGUUGCUCAGUGCACAAACUGAUAGAAUCUCAUUGGUGGGAGGGUCCUCAUUGGCUGAAGUUGUCAAAAGAAGAAUGGCCUCAUUCUACCUUUAUUGAUGACACAGAAAAAGUUGAUAGUGAGAUGAGCAAGAUAGUUGCAACGGCAUUAAAUAAUGUCAAGGACUUUUCUUCGAAAGUUUUCAGCUACUUUUCGACAUACAAGAAAAAUCUAAAAAUGAUGGGAUGGAUAUCAAGGUUCUUAGAAAAUUCCCGUAAGAAAAGAGAAGAAAGACAGCAGGGAGAGCUUAAAGUUCAUGAGCUAGAAAAGGCAGAAAAAGUAAAAUUCAUACAACAUAACUCCUUCUCAUCUGAGGAUAUUGAAAAAUUAAAGUUCAUUUGUGUGUUUGAAGAUGAAGGAAUUUUGAGAGUCAAGACAAAGCUUUUCAGAAGGAAAGAUAAAGAAGAUUUUAAAUGUCCCAUAGUUUUACCCUCUGAUCAUCCUCUAGUGGAACAGUUAAUUUACGAAAGACAUUUGGUCUCAUGCCACAGUGGAACCCAAGUUGUCCUGGCAGAUCUUCGAGAAAAAUUUUGGAUUCUUAGAGGCCGGAAGACGGUUCAAAGGAUCUUGAAACAAUGCAUUCGAUGUAAGAGAAAUGCUUCAAAGAAAUUAGAAACCAUGCCUGCUCCCCUUCCGGAAGAAAGGGUACGAGAUGCAUUGGUUUUUGAAGUGACAGGGGUUGACCUGGCCGGACCACUUUACUUGAAGAAGGGGGAUAAAGCAUGGAUAUUAUUACUUACUUGCGCCGUGUAA